AUGGUAACCGAGAUCCAAAGGAUUUUGACAUUGAUCAACAUUUCUACUGAGAGACUUAAUGAGAUCGAACAAGUUCUUCAAACCCACGAUAGCAAUUUCAGAUUGAAACUCUCCAAAGAACCAAGGAGACUGAAUCCGAUCAACAGAGCGUGGCGAGUCAGGCUUCAAAUCAUUCCUCUACAAGCUCAGGUCAAUUGUCGUUCACGGGAAGCCGACAAUCUUCAAACCAACAUUGAUUUAUGGAAUGAUAUGAAAAAAUUAGCGAAAUCGGAAGUUAACAACAGAGUGAACAUGCGUAAUCUAGAAAAUGUGGUAAUAAGUACGGGCAUAUCGGCUGGUAUUCAGCACUUUGAAACAUAUAAUUCUCAAUUGUUGAUUUCCAAACAAUAUGCCGGCAUGAGGUUUGAUUCGGCGGAACAAGAACGAAAGAGAAAAGCAGGCGAAAACAACGAGAAAGCCUCUCCUCGCGAUCAUACAUCUCCUUUACGUGACGAUUUUUUUGAUGGUUAUGGCGAAAGCGAGAUAGAUGAUAGCGGAAUAAUUGAAUGGGAAUUUGACAGUGCAAUUCAAACAUGGCUUGAAAAAGCAAUACUGUAUCAUAAAGAAUUAAUUUCGGAAGAAGAUGAGGAUAAAAGAAUCAAAGAUUCAUCAAAAAUUAUAGAUGGAUCAGAUUUAGAUGUAACCAGAGAAUAUCUCACAGAAGAAGAAUUUUUAGAAUUACAAGAGGUUUUAGCUAAUGUACUCGAAUUAGGAACUACAAUUAAUGAUUGGACAAUAUUGAAACCACAAGCAGAGAAGUGUUUACGAGAUUAUCAAAGCAAUUGGGGAAAAGGUUCUUCCCGAAGGAACACAUGGUGCAUUAAAGAACUAAAAAAUUUUCUAAAAACGAAUUCUCAAGAGUUUGAUUUUGACUUGUUUGGCGAUUCAAACAACCAAACAAAUGAUGUGGAAACAGUUGAAAUCGAUUACUUAGAUGAAGACAAUCAUGAAUUAGGAGCAAAAGAUUCUUGGGGCCGUGAAUUUUCUCUCUGCGAAAGAGCUGGUUCAUUAAUCGAUAAUACAAGGAAAAAUUUUUCUAAUACACUGAAGGUUAAAAAAACAUUAAGAGACAUGCACACGUCAUUAAUGAAAUCCAUUGCAUCCGUUAGCAAUAAAAGGGUGUCAAAGGAAGUACUACGAUCAUUUCCGAAGUUAUUGAUGCCUGGGCUUGUUUCUUCACAUUUUUUUUUACAAGCAGUGUUAAUAGUAUAUGUUGGUGCUGGGUUUUAUGUUUCCACUGAUUUGGCCGAGUUAGAAAUUCCUACCGAUUAUGACGAACUUGAUAAAAUUUUAAAGGUC